GUGGUGUUCUGAGAGAGAGAGAGAGAGCAGAGGACGGAGCGAGGACACACAGACGGCGGCAGAGCCAGGACCUGCAGACUCGGCCCCGUUGGAGCAAUGUUGGACACGCUGUAUGAGUGGUUCUGGUGGGACCGAAUCUGGCUGCCUGUGAACCUGACGUGGGCCGACCUGGAGGACAGGGACGGUCGAGUCUACGCCAAAGCGUCACAUCUCUACAUCACCGUUCCCUACGCCCUCGCCUUCCUGCUCAUCAGAUUUAUCUUUGAGAGGUGGAUUGCCACACCUUUAGCUGAGUCUGCUGGAAUCAAACAGAGAGUGAACCUGAGGGUGGAGCACAUCCCUGUCCUGGAGCUCUACUACACCUGUCAGAGCAGAAACCCCGCCCAGGUGGACAUUGACGGGCUGUCUAAGAAGAGCAGUUUAUCGGUCCGUCAGGUGGAGCGAUGGUUCAGGAGGAGACGAGCUCAGGACCGACCAGGAGUCCUGAAGAAGUUCAGAGAGGCCAGUUGGAGGUUUGUUUUCUACCUGCUAGCGUUCCUCGGAGGACUAGCUGCUCUCUAUGAUAAAGAAUGGUUCUAUGACACCAGGGAGGUCUGGACUGGAUUUCCAAAACAGUCCAUGCUGCCAUCCCAGUACUGGUAUUACAUCCUGGAGAUGAGUUUCUACGGCUCUCUGCUCUUCAGCGUGGCCUUCGACGUCAAGAGAAAGGACUUUAAGGAGCAGAUCGUCCACCACCUGGCCACGCUCAUCCUCUUAUCCUUCUCCUGGUGUGUGAACUACAUCAGAGUGGGGACUCUGGUCAUGCUGGUCCAUGAUGCCUCUGACGUUUUACUGGAGUCUGCUAAAUUAUUUAACUAUGCUAAAUGGGAGCAGACGUGCCAGGCUCUCUUCGUGGUGUUCGCCGUGGUCUUCAUGGUGACCCGACUCGUCAUCUUCCCUUUCUGGCUCAUCCACUGUACCUGGGUCUACCCGGUCCACCAUUACCCCGCCUUCUUCGGCUACUACUUCUUCAACGUCAUGCUGGUGGUCCUCCUCUGUCUGCACGUCUUCUGGGCCUACCUCAUCCUCCGUAUGAUCAGGAAGUUCAUGUUCGGCACACUGACCAGAGAUGAGAGGAGCGACUGUGAGGAGGAAGAGGAAGAGGAGAGCCUCACAUCAGAGGAUGGCGGCGAGGAGGAGGAGCACAGGCUGGGUAACGGACGGGCCGUGGAUGAGAAGGAGGAUAAAAACGGCUGCUUUGGGUCUUUAUCUCCUCCAGAGAACAUCUGCUGGUCUAAGACCGUGUACUGACUCCUUCAGGCGUGGAGAUCGGGGACGUGGUCGCUCCCACAGCGGACCACAUGAGCCCGUUUUUUACACGCCGUUUCUCUCCGCUACUACUACUUCCUUCUACAUUUCUGUCCUCAUACAUUUCAGGGUAAACUCACCGUGAAGAUUUAACCGCAGAAGAACUCAUGAAGGUCAAGACCACCAGGGACACCCAGAGCUCCGCUCCGUCCUAGAAGAGCGGCGAUUCACCUCACCGACGUUUUUAUUCCUCUGGCUCCACAGCAGACGGUUCUUUAAUCUGAGCGUGUUUUCUCAUUGGACAGAGAUGUGAACGCAGACCAGAGCAGGAGGAAUCCUGCAGACAGUCUGACUCAGCAGGUGGAGGAAUGAAUGUUCUAUGAGCAGAGGAUGGAGUGUUGGUGAAGCUGGGGGUGUUGGGGGCGUGUGGGGCACUAAGGAUUCUUCGUGUGGUCCAGUGUGCCCCAACCCGGGGCUGGAGAGGGGGGAAGGGCAGCCAGAGUUAAGCGCCAUACGUGUCUACACACAUCUCUUUAGCCGGGGCCCUUUCACACCUGGAAACACGCCGGAGACUGCUGGAGGGUUCCAGGUCCUUGGGACGUCCACAGCAGGACCAGGGACUCGUGCCAACCCUCCUAGCUGCCUGAGCGGUGCCGUAGGCCGUGCUUACUCUGCCCUAAAGGCGUGGACUUGGUUAUUUUUUUAGAUCUGGAUCAUUCUGCCACAUCCCUGCUAGUACUGACAGUCAUCCAGAGCCUUAGCGGGGUUGUGUCGAUCCUCCUUCCUGUCUGAUGGCGCCCUCAGACUGCUCACCCCUCACAUCUACCACUUUCUGCCUUUUUGGUCCAAAUGUGCCUAAAAGCUCUGCUCAGUCCUCUUCAUUUAUUUGUUUUAAUUUAUCGUCUGUUUCACUUCAUUUCAGAGAAACUUUUCACUUUCUACACUUUUUCAUCUUUAAUUUCUCCUCAUUUCAAAUUCUUUUGGUUUUUUUUUGCAUUUGAUAACUUGACCUGAAAAGGAUUGACAGUGAUUUUUGUUUUUAAACUCCUGCAGAAGUUUGGAUGAAAAUUUAAAGUCUGACUUCUAAAUGAUGGAGCUUUGCUGAUUCAGCAUUUAAAUGUGUUGAUGGUUCAAACUUUUGAACUCGGUGCUCUGACUCUGAUGUGAACGCUGUAUUUCUAAACUUUAGAUGUUUGUAUCAUUUCAUGGGUUCAUUCAGGACAGUUUCCAUCCAUUUGUGCUGCUUGUCCCAUUCAGGGUCAAAGGUCGACUCGAGCUGGUCCCAGCUGUUCCUUCAGUCCUCUAUUUUCCCGAUCGUAAUGAUGCUUAUGGUGAUAUAAGUCAGUGGUCCUCAAAGUGUGAGGCGGGCCACCCCUGGGGGGCGCCACAGAGCUUCAGGGGAGGCCGGAACCAUAAGCCUGAAAAAAGGCGAUUUUUCUUUGCUAACCUCUGCUGUGCAUGAAGCUACAAGGAUAAACUUACAGUUACUACGCCACAGAGCAGUGUCACUCUACCAAAGACACAAAUGACUGAAAAUACCUUUGCAAGAGCCACAAUCUAAGAGGAAAAAGAGGCAAAAACAGCUGGAAGUAGCAAUAAAAACAGGUUAAAGGUGGCAAAAUGGUCAAAAAGCAGCAAAAAAAG